AUGGCUUCCAGCACAGUGAACCCUGCUAACCAUUUGCCAUACUUCUUUGGCAAUAUUACACGUGAAGAAGCAGAAGAGUAUCUGAUGCAAGGAGGAGUGAGUGAUGGACUAUACUUGCUCCGCCAAAGCCGGAAUUACCUGGGUGGCUUUGCCUUAUCCUUGGCCCAUGGAAGGAAGGUUCAUCAUUAUACCAUUGAGAGGGAGCUGAGUGGCUCUUAUGCCAUUGCAGGAGGCAAGUCGCAUGCCAGUCCUGCUGAACUCAUUAGCUAUCACUCAGAAGCAGCAGAUGGCCUUAUCUGUCUAUUGAGAAAACCUUUCAACCGACCACCAGGUGUUGAACCCAAAACAGGACCCUUUGAAGACUUAAAAGAGAACCUCAUCAGGGAGUACGUCAAACAAACUUGGAAUUUACAGGGACACGCUCUUGAACAAGCUAUCAUUAGUCAAAAGCCUCAGCUGGAGAAGUUGAUUGCCACUACAGCCCAUGAGAAGAUGCCAUGGUUCCAUGGGAGGAUCUCACGGGAAGAAUCAGAACACCGUAUCCUCAUUGGGCCAAGGAACAACGGAAAAUUUCUUAUCCGAGAAAGAGACAGCAAUGGUUCCUAUGCCCUGUGUCUGCUGAAUGAUGGAAAAGUACUGCAUUACCGUAUUGACAGAGAUAAGACAGGGAAGCUCUCCAUACCGGAUGGGAAGAGAUUUGACACCCUCUGGCAGUUAGUUGAGCAUUAUUCAUACAAACCAGAUGGAUUAUUAAGGGUUCUUACCAUUCCCUGUCCACUUGGCUCAGAAAAUGAUAAUGUUGGUUUUCCUUUUCCUGGACCCCCUUCUAAGAGUUGGGCAGGAGGUGGAAUUAUCUCAAGACUCAAAUCGUACACCUUUCCAAAGGCUGGCAGCAAAAAGCUUCAGCCAACUACUAGCCACCCACCUGAUGAAGCACCUUUUAAUCCUUACGUACUGCAGAGGAAAAGAGAUCUUACAGGAGCAGAAAAAGGUGAUCAGAGAGAUGCCUUACCCAUGGAUACUGAGGUUUAUGAAAGUCCAUAUGCUGAUCCAGAUGAAAUGAAACCAAAAAAUGUCACUCUCGACAGGAAAUUGUUAACCUUGGAGGAAGGAGAACUUGGCUCAGGCAACUUUGGUACUGUAAAGAAAGGGUUCUAUAAGAUGAAAAAGGGUGCCAAGCCAGUGGCUGUAAAAAUUCUCAAGAAUGAGAGUAAUGAUCCAGCCAUAAAAGAUGAAUUACUGAGAGAAGCAAAUGUAAUGCAGCAACUGGAUAACCCAUAUAUUGUCCGAAUGAUAGGCAUAUGUGAAGCUGAGGCAUGGAUGUUAGUGAUGGAAAUGGCUGAACUUGGGCCAUUGAACAAAUUUUUGCAAAAAAACAGACAUGUCACGGAGAAGAAUAUAACAGAGCUGGUACAUCAGGUUUCCAUGGGGAUGAAAUACCUGGAGGAGAGUAACUUUGUUCAUAGGGAUCUGGCUGCAAGGAAUGUGCUAUUAGUCACCCAACAUUAUGCCAAAAUUAGUGAUUUUGGGCUUUCUAAAGCUCUUAGUGCUGAUGAAAAUUAUUAUAAGGCACAAAGUCAUGGAAAAUGGCCAGUCAAGUGGUAUGCUCCAGAAUGCAUGAAUUUCUACAAAUUCUCUAGCAAAAGUGAUGUGUGGAGCUUUGGGGUUUUAAUGUGGGAAGCUUUCUCUUACGGGCAAAAACCAUAUAAGGGAAUGAAAGGUGGUGAAGUUGCACAGAUGAUUGAAAGAGGAGAACGAAUGGAACGUCCAGAAGUCUGUCCAACAGAAGUCUAUGAUCUAAUGAAAUUGUGUUGGACAUACAAUGUUGAUGACCGACCAGGAUUUGUUGCAGUUGAGCUGAGAUUACGUAACUACUAUUAUGACAUUUCCCACUAA